UAUCCUCUCUCCAGGCGCAACGGAGAGGCAGUGGGGCAUGGCGGCCGGCGGGAGAGGAGGGAGCGGCGCGGCAGCGGAGGCAUGGCUCCGGCGGCUGUGGGCGGAAGAGGAAGGGGCGGCGGAGCUUCUUUUCUCUCUCUCGGUCUCUCCUCUCUCCACGCCAUAGAUCCCUCCCUCUCCCACUUACCCGCAGCCAUGGCGGAGGACGCCCCCAGAGCCGCCGCCGCUGCCGAGGGGAGCCAGCAUGCAUCGGCCGCGGAGAGAGGCUCCGCCGCCGCUCCCGCGGCACCAGUCGCCAAGGCCGCGGAGGUGCUGCUCCCGUCCCUCAGCAUCUGGCCGCUAUCGCAGCGCACGCCGGCGAGGAGCAGACAUUGAUUUGAUUCCAAGAUUUUUUUUUUGAGCAAGGGUCAAGACCCCCAUACCAGUACAGGUUCAGCCAAAGCGGCAAGCGAUUUGAUUCCAAGAUAGUAUCAGCUUAGCUAGCAGUGGCUAGCUAGCCAUGAGCAAUAGUGGCAAGGAGCAGCGGCGGAUGGACCGGUUCAUCGUGAUCCUCUUCUCCUCCACCUGCCGCAAUGGAUCCAGCGUGGACGUCGUCGAUGGAGGCGGCAAGAGCGGCAAGAAGCCCCAAGUGAUGCUGUGUGCGUGUCUAGGCGGCGGCGGCGAGGGUGGCGGCGCGGCGGACCACCACCGCCAGCACGUGGCGCACAUCGGCUGGGAUGGCAGCACAAACACCACCACCAGCCUCCGCUCAUGGAACCGCGCCGCGCCGCGGUCCUCCUCCUCCUCCACCACCACCGCGUCCACCUCCUCAGCCUUGGCGGCGCCGGCGACAUCAAGAAGGAGUCGGCGCCGGCGGGGCCUCGGUUGUGCAGCUCCUGUCCUGCCGUCUGCCGCAGCUAGGGCCAACUCCCACCGCCCCUUCCUCUUACGCCCAUAGCUGCCGGAGCCUUGCCUCCGCCGCCGCGCCGCUCCCUCCUCUCCCGCCGGCCGCCGUGCACCACUGCCUCUCCAUCGCACCUGGAGAGAGGAUAGGGGAGAGAGAUGAAGAGAGGGAGAUGGAGGGAUAGGAGGAGGAAGAAGAAGAGGGGUGAGAAUGACAUGUGGGGCCCACGUGGGCCCCACCAUUUUUAUUAAUUUAUGUGUGAAACUGACAUGUGGGUCCCACGAGUUUUAUUAUUUUUCCGGAUUGAAUUGCAACGUAAGCGCCACAUCAGCGCCACGUCAGAUGAAGACCGAGUUAAAUUAACCACGUAGGCUCCACGUCAUCCAAAACCGCUGAGGGACCUCAUCUGCACCGGUUUUAAUAGUUGAGGGACCCGUUGUGUAUGGUUUUCUGGUUGAGGGACGAAAAUCAGAUUUGUUGACAAGUUAAGGGAUCUUAGAUGAACUUAUUGCAUGAUUAGUUAGUCUGAGGCCCAUGUGAAUAGACACAAGCAAGGCCUGUACAUAGUGUCGGCCCAAGUAAACAGAACUGAAGCCUUCAGAAAUAAGUGGGCUAUUGUAGGCUAUGUAACUGGACCUUCUGGAAUCCCAGCAAAUUCAGAUAGUGCUGACCUGUAUUUUUUUUAUUUUAUUUUGGAUUCAGUCGUGUUAGUUGACAUGUCGCGGUCACCAUGGAUAAAGAGAGCAUGUGUACUCUUUGAUUUCUACUUUAAAAACAGUUUCAAUUGAUUUGUUGAUUAGGACAAUUGGGGCUUAUAGUCCAAUAAGCGAGAUAAAACCCUCCCGUUUUAUCAAUUCAUUGCUGAUUGAUAUUCUUUUUUCGAAACGCGGUACAAUGAGUUAUUAAGAUUUUCUGUUAAGUCACAUGAUCUUAGCGGUAAAAAGGAAAACUAUCCAUUUUCAUGGUUCACAUGAAGCUCUAUUAUAACGCAGGUUCAUAUAAGUUACUGGUAAACAUAAAUAAUUCAAAACCGUCUCCAACUCGAAGUAACAUUAACGAAUUAAUUCAUUCAUCUAACGCACAAAAAGAAAUAGAGGGAACACAAUCAAAUACCAAUUUGAUCCUCUCCAUUACCCUCGUUACGAACGAUCACAACAAAACGAGCACUUUGCGAUUAUUCCUUUGUACACGAGCAAUUUCACCACUAUAUACAUUUCAACAAUUAAAUCACACACGAACGCCCAACACAUGCAUGAUAAUAAAUCAUUCAUAAAUCACGUGUCUAACACGAA